UUUUGUAACUGACUUUGUGAUUGGCAAACCUGCUGAUUAGUUAUGUGAUUUUAAUAAUAAACAAUUUUAAUUUUUCAUAUUAUUUGUUAAUAAUUAUCAUGUCUAUACAUGCGUUAUUAUCAAAUACCCUUUUAAACUGUAGAGGGGCCUUAAUUAAUCGGGUUAUUGCAGCUUUUCAACCAGUACUUAAAUUAGAUGCCAAGGUGCAUAAGGAGGCGAAACCCGUAGAAAUUCCUAAAGGACCCAAAAAACCCCUCUCAUCGUACUUCCAAUUUUUGGUCGAAACUCGCCCCAUCCUACUAAAGCAACAUCCGGACUGGAAGCAAAUGCAAGUCGUGAAACAGAUCGCCCUCAACUGGCGAAACAUGGACACUACCUUAAAGGAAAAGUACGAAGAGAGGUAUCGUAAAGAUCACGCUGUAUACGAAGAGGAGCAUACGAAGUACCUUUCAUCGUUGACCGCCGAGCAAUUAGACGCCUUGGAAAAACUGAAGGCGGAUAAACGGGUACGACGAAAUAAGCGUGUCAUUAGAAAGUUAUGGCGCGAUACGGGUAAACCUAAGCGUCCCCUUACCAACUUCGGUUACUUUAUCAAAGAAAAACGAGAGCUUCCCGAAAAUAGAGGUGACACCCUCGGCAACGUUCUGAAUAAGUAUAAAGAGGCCUGGACUAAAUUGCCCGAAGAAGCGAAACAGAAAUAUACCAAUAUGUUCAAGGCCGAUCAGGAACGGUAUAAUGCCGAGAUAGAAAAGUGGGAAGCUAAGAUGGUUAACGAAGGUCAGCGGAAAAUCGUGAGGAAAGACUCACAAAUUGAAAGCUCACCAAAAAAACCUCAUCACAAGUAAUUAAGUUUUCUUUAUUUUUUCAUACAUUAUUAAAUAUAAAUUUAUAAAAAUAGAAUUAAAAAUAUUAGACUCUUAUUUCCUGACGUAUUAAGAAACAAUCUAAGACUUGAUCGAAGCAAACAAAUGUAAAUAAAUAGAUCGUGAGAUCCUGUACCAUACGCGUGAAUAUUUUAACGACUAUUAACAGUUUUUCUAUAUAUUCACGGCUUAUACCCAAAUUGAGCAUACCUAAUAAACCCUCGUAAGGGAAA